GUCCUGUUAUUACAACUUACUGAUUGUCCUAAACUCUACAUAUUUUCUGAAGAAGGAUUAAAGAGCAAACGCUUUCUUCUUCCAGAAAGAGCUCAAGAUGACAGUUCGAAAAUUACGAAGAGAAAUGCUGACGCCAGUGAUAACGGAAUGGACAAGAGGUUUAUGAAAUUUGGUAAAUCCGGUGAUAAAAAGGUGAACAGGUUGAAAAAAUCAAACGAUCAGCUUCCUAUGAUAAGAAUGAGACGUAGCGUUGAUGAUAAAAAGGUGGACAGGUUGAAAACAUCAAACGAUCGGCUUCCUGUGAUAACAAUGGGACGUAGCGUUGGUGAUAAAAAGGUGAACGGGUUGAAAACAUCAAACGAUCAGCUUCCUGUGAUAACAAUGGGACGUAGCGUUGGUGAUAAAAAGGUGAAAAACGCUAUAAGACAAGGCCCUACUGGGUAUCCGUACCUAAGAAUUGGGCGAAGUGAUGAAUAAGAUAUUCCAUCUUUGGAAAUAAGAAAAACAACUUUUUUCACAGCAAAUAAAUGCAGUAAUAACAAGGAACAACAUCAGCAAGAAUUUGAGUAGGAACAAAUAGAAUAUCAAUACAACAACAACAAUACCAAUCAGAUUUUGUGAUCAUAUCUUGAACAUUGUUUACAUCUAUCAUAAAACAUAUGUUGGGGAGUAACGAACUGCUUGUUUAGGAGGAAACAUUUUGAUUUCUAUAUGACCAGUUCUAAUUGAAAAGAAAGAAAGAAGGACAUUAUAAAUUCAUCAACAGCUCAACUCUCUUAUGGUGGUAGUUGGUAUAUCUCUCUAUAUUGUACAAUUUAUAAAACUGGAUCGAUAGAUCCUCAUCGUAUCCAGAAAUUCAGGACUUAUACCAGCCUUCAAUGUAAAGCUUUCUUCAGCAUGCUUCAUCACUAUGUGUAUAUAUGUAUAUGUGUAUAUGUGUUUAUGUAUACAUUUGUCGAAAACCCCACUCUAUAUAUAUAUACCACUGUAUAUUUAUGUUCGUGGUUAUGUAUGUGCAUGUAUGUU